UGGCAGAGCUGACUGGGAGUUUCUCUUUUGUUCUUCUCUUGUUCCAAAAACCACGACGUGCGAUGGUCGUGUCUCCAGGAGUGGAGCCUGGCUUUUCUCUCGGACCAAGCGAAGGCAGGUGGGCGGAGCUGGUGUUCGGCCCGGUCGGUGAGGAGCUGACACCGUCCGCUGAACCGGCUGCCACACACGUGACUCGCGCGACGAACCACAGCCCCAGAAGCGACACUCAUCCGCUGCCUGUCAGUGUCACUGAUCCGAGCUCUCGUGGUCCGUAAACUCACUGGACAAACGUCACUUUGGCUUCGAAAGCCUUCAGUCAUGAUCGGAGUGGAGUUGUAUUGGACCUCCAGGCCGCUGGAGGGCGAGCUGACACAGAAACCAGCGGUGGCUAUGACGGACACCAUGUUCUUCCAAUCAGUGAAGAGCUUCGAGCGUCGGUGUGUGUUCGCUGUGGACGUGAAGCGCUCGUCCCAGUCGGAAACGCGUCCGUCUUCAGGGCUGCGCGGGAUCUGAGCUUCGUGCUCGGAGCUGCUCAGAUUAAAGUCCGUCUGUCAAGGCUCGAGCGUCAUGGCGGAAGUGGAGCUGUCGUGUCGGGCGUACGUGAAGAUGUACCUGCACGCGUGCCUGUUCCCGCGCUGCAGCAUCAACGGGCUGCUGUUGUCUUCCAGCCCGGCAGGUGGCGCCGUGAGCGUGACGGACUGUGUCCCGCUUCUGCACUCGCACCUGCCGCUCGCUCCCGUCACGCAGCUGGCGCUCACGCAGGUGGACGUGUGGUGCUCCCAGACACAGCAGAGGAUUGUGGGAUAUUACCAAGCCAACGCCUGCGCGUCGGACAGCAGCCCGACUCCCGGGGCGCUGAAGAUCGCCGAUAAAAUCGCCGAGCAGUUCGACGCAGCAGUUUUACUGAUGCUGGAUGGCAGCAAGAUGUGUCCCGACUAUCGGGUUCCUCCCAUCGUGGUGUACGAGCGCAAAGAUUCAAGAUGGACGCCCAAAGACAAACACACGAUCAUGCUGCGCCAGUGGGAGGAGACCCGGGACGUGGCCGGGCAGCUGCUGGAGUCCGGCGACCACACGCUGCUGGUGGACUUCGACACGCACCUGGACGACAUCACCCAAGACUGGACCAACCAGCGGCUCAACAGCCGGAUCGAGGAGCUGACGUCGCCGGCCAACGGGAACGUCUGAGCGGAGCAGCGCUGACUCGGCACAGACGCACGCCCCGGAGCCGAUUCGCCCGAGACCCGGCCCGGGUUCACAGCCGUAGAUUGAUGGGAGGGGGGGACGGGUCAUGUGACCUGCUCCGAACGACGCUACACUUGGACUGUUUUUCCAGAGAGAACGGGGGCGGAGCUUUGUCCGGCCCGACCAAUAAAAUGCCUCA